CAACGCAGUAACAUAUCAAAUGAUUGGCUAAGAGCGGUGUCGUAUACAAAUCUGCUUAUCAUUGGUUAAAAAAGUAAACAAGGGUCCAUGUGCUACUGCGGCAGAAAGUUAGCAUCAUGCCAAAACGCAAGACCUCGUUUAAUUCUGAAUGGAGAAAAGAGCACGAAUUUAUAACAAAAAGCAGUCGAGACUCAUUCCAUGGCUUCUGCACACUUUGUCGAUGUGAUGUCGACGUAAGUAGUCUGGGGAAAGCUGCAAUUGAACGGCAUGCGGGUACGGAAAAACAUAAAAGUAAUAAACGUGCGGCAGGUACCUCUUCAAUGAGGACAUUUUUCCGUGAAGUUUCGUCGCCCCUGGAUGACAAGAUAACCGCUGCGGAGCUGUGCAAGGUGUACCAUGCUGUAAAGCAUCACCAGUCCUACAGAAGUUUAGACUGCGGCAUGAAAGUGGACCGGGAGAUUUUCAGUGACUCGCCCACAGCUAAAGGGAUGACCUGUGGCCGAACAAAAGCCAAGGCAUUGUGCGAGAACGUCCUCGCUCACUAUUCGGUACAGGAACAUACCGACUACAUAAAAGAAAACAACCUCCCCUUUUCCGUGGCAACCGACGCCUCAAAUAAAGGAACAAACAAGUGUUUUCCCAUUGUGGUGAGAUAUUUUCACUUUAAUGAAGGCAUCCAACAUGUCCUGUUGGAUUUUUAUAGUGACAGCAACGAAACGUCAGAAGCCAUUACAAACCAGCUGCUGGCAAAACUUGAGAUGUCUGGCUUAGAGGUGAAAAACAUGUCUGCAUAUGCAGCAGACAAUGCCAGUGUCAAUUAUGGCAAACAUAACAGUGUGUAUCAGAAGCUGAAACUGAGCCAAAAAGAUGUGCUCCCUGCAAACUGUUUGGCCCAUAUUCUGCAUAACGCAACCAGAUAUGCAGCAAGCAGCCUUGAUGUUGAUGUGGAAAAUGCUGUGCUGAAGAUUUACAGCCAUUUCAGCAUAUCAGCAAGCAGAACAGCACGAUUGAAGGAAUUCUGUGAGUUUGUGGAGGUGGAAGAAUGCAACCUGCUGCGGCAUGUUGUCACCAGGUGGUUGUCCCUGCUGCCAUCCAUUGACAGAAUCCUGAAAUAUUGGAAGGCCCUGACCAGCUACUUCCAGAGUGAGGGUGAGGGGGACUGUGCCAGAAUUGUGUGGAGAUGUUUUGGAGAGAAAAGAAAUGAGAUGUCAGAGACAUAUUUUCUGUUUCUCAGCCAUGUUCUAAAGGUGUUCUCCGACACGAUCGAAGCCCUUGAGGCAAAAUCCUUCAGCAUUACAUCGGUGUUUAAGGUAAUGACUGAACUAAAACAAAAGCUGGAAAGAAGGAUGAAGGACAGGUUCUUUGGGUUUGCUGUCAACACCAAACUGAAGCAGCUGCCCCCUUACCAGUCAAAAAAAUGUGAGGCUGAUUUUCUGCUUUUUUAUGAAAGAGCAAAGAAAUACAUAAGUGAAAGAUAUGACUUCUCUGACACAAGCUUUCAUAGCAAAGUAGCCAAGCUUGGCCUCACAACUGCUGUGCCAUUUGAAGACUACAGUGCUGCUGUCCAGGCCUGCAAUCUGGACAUUGAUAUGGAUGGACUGUAUGAGGAAUAUGCCAUGGUGGAAGGUUCCUUCAGUUCACAGUGAGGAACGAUAUUUGAAACUGUUUUCCAAAGCAGAUGUACCAUUUGUGAAUCUCAGGAAGGUCAGCGCCUACAUAUUCUCCAUCCCAUGCAGCAAUGCACACACAGAACGUGUCUUUUCAAUGAUGACAACUGCAUGGAGAAACGAGAGGAAUCGUCUGGAUGUGGACAGCGUCAAGGCUGAGCUGCAAGUGUGUGUCAAUUUCAACCAACCCUGCACAGAGAUGUACAAGAAGUUCACCCUAAACAAAAAACUCUUGGAUGCAGCCAGGAAAGAACAGAAGUAUUUCAGAUAGACAAUCAACUAUUUUGUCUCUGCAGGAUAUAAAAGGCCCAGGCGCAGUGGGGGCUUGGAAGCCAUGAUGAUAGAGGGGCUGUUGAUCCUGAGCUGCUACAGAGGGUGAAUGUGGAGUUUGCUUAAAGACAGGUCUGCUGCGCACACACACAGACACUGAAGACAAGUCCCCAAAAGACUGAAGCACUUUCGAAAUGCUAUGCUUUUUGAGCAGUUGAAUGUUUUC